AUGUAUAGGAAAAAGAAGAUCGAAUCUCCUCCAAAUGGGGUUCAACCUAUCCAUAUCUGUGUUCCUGGUCCGUUCCCAUAUCAAAACACCAAGGUAGUGCCUUGGAGGUAUGAAACGAAUGCGUAUGUGGAUGGAAAAGAAAUUCAAAUCCCUGACACUGAUAUUGUUAAUAUAACUUGGACAGGAGGCAUGUCUCGUAGUGGUUAUGUAUUUGCUCCGAAGUACACUCCUAGGGUGUCUCCAUCACCCACAAUUGUCCCUCCUAAGGAGAAGGUAUUUCCUCCACCUUCUUCGCAGGCAGGGGCAUCUGCACCUGCCACUCCGAUCAUGACAAUUGUUCCAGCGGUGAUAAAGGUUAUUCCCGAUAAAGCUGUAGAAUCUAAAACUUCCAAAGGAAAAAGGCUGAUGAUUGAAGAUGAACAGGUUGAAGGUCGUAAGAAAGGAAUCUCUGUUGAGGAAGGCCAAAAAUUCCUCAAAUUGAUCAAGAAGAGUGACUUCAAAAUUGUUGAUCAGUUGGGUCAGACUCCCUCCAAAAUAUCCAUAUUGUCUUUACUCAUAAGUUUUGUGGCUCACCGUAAAGCAUUGUUAAAAGUCUUGAAUAUUGAUCACGUGAUACAGGAUAUCACGAUCGAUCAAUUUGAUAAUGUGGUUGCAAAUAUCACCGCCAACAGGUACUUAGGGUUUAAUGAAGCAGAAUUACCUCCUGAGGGAAAUGCUCACAAUAAGGCAUUGCAUAUUUCAGUCAUGUAUACAAACUCCCUGUUAUCUCGAGUUUUUGUUGAUAUUGGUUCCUCUCUUAAUGUGAUGUCAAAAGCUACAUUGAGUCAGUUACAGUUUAAGGGGCCCGAGAUGAGGAUUAUUGUUUUGAUUGUUAGAGAUUUUGAUGGCUCUAGAAGGCAGGUUAUUGGUGAAGUACAUCUACCCAUUUGUUUGGGACCUCACCAAUUCACUAUCACCUUCCAAGUCAUGGACAUCAAUCCGGCCUACAGUUGUUUGUUGGGUAGACCUUGGAUUCAUGCUAUUGGGGCAGUCACUUCUACACUGCACCAAAGGUUGAAAUUCCUGAUCGAUAACAAGUUGGUUAUAAUAUGUGGUGAAGAAGACCUAUUGGUUAGUAAGCUUUCUUUGUUCAGAUAUGUCGAGACAAAUGAAAGGGUCGUUGAAAUUCCACUCCACCGUUUAGAAUUUGAAGAAGUCAGUUCAACUAUUUCUAAUCAUGAUCAGUCAUCUACCACCAUUCUAUCUUCAGUCAGAAGCGCCAAGCAAACUCUGGAGAAAGGUUCAUUAGCCAGUUGGGGUCAAGUCGUCAAUAUGGCAGAAAAGUACGACAAAUCUGGUAGUGGAUUUCGUCCCUUAGCUUGCAAAGCAAGUCCUAGGAUGCAAAAGUUCAAUCCUGUCAAAUUCAGCAGUGCAGGUUUCCAAGGCAAUCACACCAUGGCAGUCAUUGGAGAAUCUAGUGGCAACAAACAGAAGACUCCCAAUCUUGCACGCAGAUGUCCUCCGGGAUUCAAGCUCACAAGUUGGAUAGCUUCUGUGAUUCCUAUAGUGUAUUCGGAGAAAACCCAAUGCAUUUUGUUUUCUUAA